AUGACUAGCUACUUUCCACCGAGUGGCAGUGCCAAUAAUGGCGCCAAUACGCCGACCGUAUCGUCUCCAUUCUCCCCGCCGUUGCAGCGCCCGACCGCCCUCACCAAUCGGUUGACAACGGUUCUGUCGGCAUCGUAUGCGGACUCGGACAUUCGGGACUCCCUCGAGACUUUGAGCAUGAGGGGCAUUCAAAACACUGCAGAGACACGCCGGCAACUACGACUAGAUGUGCAAAAGGAAGUUGUCGAUUGCAAUGCGGAGAUUGUCAAGGACUUUGGGAAGGUCGCAGAGCAAUUGAGACGGAUCGGAUCGGUAGUGUCAGCACUGAAUCAGACUUGUGACGAAAUGCGCAAACGAAUCAACCUCGCAAAGCAGGAUACCACGCCGGUACUCGAGGAGGCCAGCGCCCUGAUGACACAGAAGAAAGAGACCGAGACCAAACAACAGCUGUUGGAAGCCGUUUCGAAACAUUUCGUGGUUCCGGAAGAGGAUUUGUUGGUUCUGACCUCGGCUGAGGAGCCGGUUGACGAGCGGUUCUUUGACGUGCUAGCUCGUGUCAAGCAAGUCCACCACGAUUGCGAAGUCUUGCUCGGCGGCGAGAAUCAGCGACUGGGCCUGGAGGUUAUGGAAUUGAGCACCCGGAACCUCAAUUCAGCAUAUCAGAAACUAUACCGAUGGGUUCAGAAGGAAUUCAGGUCCCUGAACCUAGAGGACCCUCGCAUCAGCAGUACGAUUCGCCGCGCUCUACGGGUGCUGGCAGAACGCCCGAGUCUAUUCCACAGCUGCUUGGAUUUUUUUGCGGAGGCACGAGACUAUGUACUAUCCGAUGCUUUCCACUAUGCACUGACUGACGCUGUUUCGGGGGCCAAUGGGCCCGGUGCCGGUGAUCACACUGUCAAACCGAUUGAGUUCUCGGCGCAUGACCCACUUCGAUACAUUGGUGACAUGCUUGCGUGGGUACACUCUACAACCGUCUCAGAACGGGAAGCUCUCGAGGCGCUAUUUGUUGAUGACGGGGACGAACUCGCUCGGGGGAUUGAGGCUGGCAUGAGUAGCGAGCCCUGGUCGCGCAUCGACGAGGACCAGGAAGUUGCUUAUGAUGGCCAAAAGGCACUCAGUGACUUGGUCAACCGCGAUCUCACUGGAGUAUCUCGAUCACUGCGGCAGAGAGUAGAGCUCGUCAUUCAGAGCCACGAGGACCCUGUCACUUGUUACAAGGUGGUAAACCUGUUGUCUUUCUAUCGUACAACCUUCACCAAACUAGUCGGUGUACAAUCGCACUUGGUGGACCUGAUCCAGAGCUUGGAAAAGUUCACUCUUGGCCACUUUGAAACUCUGAUGCGCGACCAGACCAGUGCCUUGGCCGGCGACAAUGUUGCCCUGACUCCACCAGCCGACCUGUCUCCCCCACAGUUCUUUUUAGAUGCAUUGGAAGGCCUGGAAGUACUCAUGAAGACAUAUGAGGCUUCUGUCGGACCUGAAGAUUCAUCUCCAGAUGCAAACACCGAGAACCCAUUUACUUCUGUCCUCCGAGCCGCCUUUGAUCCAUUCUUGGCACUAGCCCGGUCCUCAUCUGAUGAAUUACAGACCACCACAGCGCAGUCCAUCUACCGCGCCAAUCUUCUCCUUGCAGCCCGCGCAGCUGUGUCACCAUUCCCCUUCGCCAGCUCUACACACAUACCUCCCAUUUCUUCAGCCUUAUCAACCUUACGCAGUGAUCUUCUCGGCACCCAACACCAAUUCCUCCUCGAGACCUCUGGCCUAGAGACGCUUUUAAAGGCCCUAGAGCCCUUCUCAGAUACCACCGAAGACAAGACGGAGAAGCCCCAUCUAGCCGACCUGGCCAGUCUCCCGGCUUUCCAACCAAGAUCCUUAAUUACAUCCAGCCAACAGCUCGACGACUUCCUCCCAUCUGCGCUUAUGGACGCAACCGAUAACCUAAAGCGUAUCCAAAGUCUCUCCCUUAUUCAGAGCAUCACCGAGGAUGCUGUUGAAGCCUUCUGCCGUGAUUUCGAGUUUGUCGAAGGCAUGAUCAUAGCCGCCGACGAGGCGCGAGGAACUGUGCAUGUGGCCUUUGGAACCAGGAGCAGUGUUAGUGGCCAGAGUGGUAACUCCGAUGGCAAGAUAGAAGAGGGCGAGGACGAAAAAUGGAGUUUGAGAUCCUUGUUCCCUCGAACAACAGGGGAGAUAAGAGUGUUGUUGAGUUAA